AUGACUCCCUACGCGUUAACCUACGGUCAUGAUGCAAUUCUGCCUAUGGAGAUAGCUGUUCAGUCCCUCAGAAUUGCUCACCAACAUGACUUAGUAGGAGAAGACUACUCCCAGGCCAUGCUGCUGGAACUGGAAGGAUUGGAUGCAGCCAGAAUUGACACUCUCAACAAACUCCUGGCAGGAAAACAGGCUGUAUCAAGGGCCUACAACAAAAGAGUCAGGAACAAGAGUUUUGAAGAAGGGGAGAUAGUCUGGAAAGCAGUUCUGCCCCUUGGAACACAUGUGGGCUGGUUAUGGAAAAUGGUCACCUACAUGGGAAGGUUGCAGGAUAGGGAUGGAGAAGUUCAUACGGCCCCGAUCAAUGGCAAAUGGUUAAAAAAGUUUUAUCCAACCAUGUGGGAUUCACAGGCUGUACAAACAGACCCGGGGAUAGACACAGGAGUUAACUAA